AUGGUAAUGAAAAGCAGUAAAAUUUUUUUCGAUUUGACAAACGGAAAUUUUUCAGAAUAUCCGGUAGAAAGUGGUAAAAAACUCGUCGUCGUUUCUUUCUUUGGUAAAUCACUACAAGAAAGGGAAGGUGUUAAAAAUGAUAAUUUUAAAAUAUUCACCGGCGACGAUCGCGAUUCAAAUGUACCCCUUAAAAUAGAAGGAUGUCACGACGUUAAUCAGAACAUUGUUUACCUACAUUUAAAAGGUGUUUUGGACAUUCAUCGUUUGGCAAACGUUUUGGAUGAAUUCUCAUCGAGUCUUAACGAAAAAGGGUAUUUAACAACAUGGGCAAACCUCAAACACGAUUAUGCCAGAGCUCUAUUAUUUUUAUUUUCAAUAUCUCACGUUUUAGUCGUUUGUCAUCCUGUCCCUGUUUUCGAUCUCAAUUACAUUCAUUUAUUUCGAGCACUCGAUGCUGUUAGAAUGAAAACAUUUUCGAAACUCUCAGAACUUUUAGGCGACAUAAACGGUUUACCCAAAGAAUGGUAUGAAAAUGGUAGGCCAUGCUCUCCUAGAAUGUUGUUUAAAUUCGAUUCGUGUCCGAAAGGUGUUAAAGAUAUUAAAAAAUUAGAACAUGCAUUGGAAGAUCAAAUAUAUCACAUAUUAAAAAGAUGCAAUCUUGUUUAUAACAUAAGUUCAAAUUCUCUUUUCGCUAUUCCUGUCAAUCAAGAAUUUGUUUUUAUCGAGACUCAUCAAGAGUAUCCACCGAGACAACUCAAUAAAAUGAUGAAUAACAUUAUAGAUAAUUGUCUAUCAACACAACCUAAAAUAAACGUUUUGAAAUGUUUAACUGUCGAACAUGAAAUGAAACAAGCACAAAAUUUACAUUGUUUUGAUAAAUUUCUCGGAGCUCAUAUAAAUUUAGCAUUUACAAAAGGUUUUAACGAUAACGUGUCAAGACUUGUACAAUCGCCAAGUUUUACAUUGGUACCAUCGGAAAUAUUUUUCGAAAUAGUCAAAAGAACUCACGGAUUAUUGGUUGGGAGUAAGUCGAAAGAAAAGGAUAGCGAAUGUUCCGACGACGACGAACAAUUAGACAUAUUCGAAGUUCUUCGUAACAGAUUAGAUAUAGAUGCCAAUUUUAGCGAAUCCCGUUGUUCGAAAGUAUUACCCCUGGCUGUGGCCACGUAUCAACAAAAUUCACCCUUUCAUUACACGAGAGAAUUUCACGAGAACAAGGCAAGUCUCGAAUGCUUGGCUCAAGCCAUGUCCGUUUUGGCAAUGCACGGUAGAGGAUCAAUGAUUGACAAAUACGCAGCGCAAUUAGAAAAAGAAUGCGUUAGACAUUGGCAAAAUGGAAGGCAAAUGUGUCAGGUGUUGAGUCUCACCGGACAUCCUUGCACCAACGGGAUACACAGAGGUGGUAGCCUGGAGGGUGUCGUAACACCGUCCAUAAUGGAUUCAACCGACCGAAAUCGCGAAGGGUUGGAAGUGAAAGAACAUUCGAGCGGAGUCCGUUACGUUUCGACGUGUAAUUGCGGAAGACGACAAGGACCACGACCGGAUCCUUACACUUUGAAAGCCGCCAAUUACGAAUUUUAUUCACUUUUGGCAGACGAUUGCGGUUGCGACGAAUUCGACGUCAUACGAUUUCCGGUUUUUCAACCGAGCACGAAAGAUUACAAAGCCGCGCAAUUGUUGGGACGACGAGGAGAUUGUCGAAACGAUCUCAUCAAAUCCGAAAUGGGUACUACCGGUACGCCGCAGGAACCUUUUAGUUUGGCUUACGUUUCCGGUCAAUCCGACGUCGGGAGCGACGUGACCAUCGAUCCUCGUUUGAGCAUACAACAAACGGGAAGCAAAGCAAGCGAUUUGGAAACCGUCAUUCACGUAUCGAACAAUAACAACGAGGACAAAGAUAAAAGUCUAAUAAGACAACCGUCAACAACCGAAUACCUUCCGACAAUGUUACACACAGAAUCUCCGUCCGGUUUGUUGCCACAAUUUUCGUCAUGGUCACUUGUCUGCUUGGGACCCUCGAGCCUUUAUUCUCAUAAUGUCGGAUUACAAGAUCAACCGGGGCUCAUACCCGGUAGCACGUAUUUAUUACCGUGGGAUGUCACGGUACGUCUCGAACACGAUAAAAAGGGUAUUUGUUCGGCGGAAGUAACGGAAAGUAGGAAAACGAACGUUAUGAGAGUCCGGAAGAAUAAAGCGGAUCAAUCCGAAUUCGUCGUUAAAAUAUUUGUCGGAGUCGAAUACGAAUGUCCCAGGGGACACAGGUUUAUGGCUGUCGGACCGGAUAAAAUAAUGAAAACGACAAAUUGCGGACAAUUGAAGGACACGGCGCAAAAAGUGACGUCGGUCGAUAUGCCGCUCUAUUUUCCAUGCGUUUGCCGAUCCAACAAACCUUUGAUUGCUCAACUGAUGAGAAUUCACAUGAUAACGCCGAAAGCACCCGUUCGAGUGACGUUAAAUCCAAGAGUUCAACCGUCACCCAAUUCUCCGAUUUUCGUCGCGAGUUCCGAACAACCGAUAGUACUCACACAAAGCGCUUAUUGGGUACUUCGACUUCCAUUCGUUUAUAUGGGCGAUCAAGGACCUUACCUUCCACCUCAGGAACAUUCACUUUCGCAACAAGGAAAAUUUUUAUCCGGAUGUUAUGGGAUAACCGAAAUUAGAGCAAGGGACACCGAAUAA